AUGAACGGUCUGGACGAGGACGAGAUCUCGACGGUGCUGGAGAUGCGCAUGGAAGGCAUAGCGCGACUGACGGAGGAGGUGAGGAGCCUCGAGAAGGAGUACAAGGCUGUGCUGGCAGCCAGCGGGAACCUUAGGAGGGAGCUAGAGGAGUCCAGGGGGCGGAACUCGAAGCUGCAGAGGGUCGUCGCCAAACUUCAGCAGACGCGGCACGUCACGGAGAGGAGGGAGGAGGGAGGGAGUGCAGAGAGGAGUAUCCUGGUGAGCUCGGACAGGAUCCUCGAGAUUUUCAGAACUUCCUCCAUCUCCAUCCAUCCUCGCUCCGACGAUCCUUUCCUCCCUGGAAGAAUCCAAGACGUUCUCACUCAGCUGGUGGAGGAGACGAGGAGGACGGAGGAGGGGCAUGUCACCGCUGAGAGCUACGAGCACGCCCGUAGUCAGUUGAGGCUGUUCAGGGAGAAGGCGGAUCAAUGGAAGAGUCGAUGGGUGGAAGCGACAUCGUCACUGAGGGAGCUGAGUGUCAAACUUGCGGUAGCAGAGAUGGAGAAAGAUUGUUGGCACGUCAAAGCGCUGGAAGAGAAGAGCGCACUCGACAAGCUGCAGUCUUCGGCUGAUCGCUUCGACCUCCGAGCAGAACGCAUCGUCCUUUCAGACAGCACGCGAACGGCUCUCAAGGAGCAGAUGGAAAUGGCAGAGUACAGAGCAGCUAUUGAGAAGCUGCGGGCAGUUGAGCUGGAGGCGAAGCUACAAGAGGUGGAGCAGGACUGCCGGGAGGCGCACGUCAAGAUCGAGAACUUAGAAGGGACUUGCUGGCGGAUCUCCGAGGAGAAGGGUAGAUUGGAGACGCUCCUGGACGAGGCCAUUGCUACUCAAAUUGACCUUGAAGCUGUGAAUGCGAGGAUGAAGAAGCAGCUGGAAAGUCUCGGCCUCGAGGCUCAGGUGCUGCGCCAGCUGCACGUGCGAGAGUGA